AUGAAAUAUAAAUCAAGACUAGUUGCUAGAGGAUUUACACAAAGAGCAAAUCAUGAAUUCGAUUGGACAGAAUUAUAUGCUCCAGUUACUACUUUAACUAAUAUAAGAAUACUACUAAAUUUAGCAAUUAAUAAAGAUUAUAAAAUUCAUCAUUUAGAUAUAAAAUGUGCUUAUUUAAAUUCAAAAAUUACAAGUCCAGAAGAUAUUUAUAUGUAUGCACCAACUGGAAUUUCCAUAAGACAAAAUUAUUAUAAAAAAUAUAUACCAAUAAUUAAAGAUAAUGAAAAGGUCAAGGGAAGUAAAGUUUCCGUAUUUUAUAAAAAAGAGCAAGAUACAAAUUUAUUAAAUGAUCAUGAUAAUAGAAAAUAUCAAUCUAUAACAGGAUCAUUAUUAUGGGCAGCAAACAAUACUAGACCAGAUAUAUGUUUUGCUGUAUUUGUAUUUGCAUCAAAAGGUUGUAAUCCAACAAUAAAAAAACCAGACUAG